AUGGAUGCCCAACAUGUGGAGUUUGAGACAGCCGUCCUUGUCCCAAGCCAACGGGAGAUCGAUCUUGAGACCAUAACCCUUGCUGUGGCAGCGUUCCCCAACAAAGUUGGGAACUUGCUUAUGAAGGCGUUGGGCGCCGUCGCCCCGCUGACGGAACUCAAACACCUCAAGCGCGUCCGCAAAGCACCAGAUGAUGGGACACUGCUGGAGGCCAUCUUAUGCGUGCUAAUUGACGAUGGAGCCAGCGAGCCAGCUCCUGCUUCGUCAACCCCCGACUCAACACCUGCUGACGGCCCUAGCGGGGACUCAACGGAUGCACGCCGCCUUCCAAUACCGCUGCAGACGCUAUAUAACCAAUACGGUGGUAUUCGCCUCCGCUUAUUGCCUGCAGCUGCCGCGCCGCCGCAAAAUCGGCAGCAGUGGGCGGCGUGGACACAGCUCUGGCCCAUUACCUGGCGCAUACCCGAGAACGGCACCCCUGUGACGGAGGAGGCCCCUGUCGACGCAUGCAUGCAGCGGUACUUUGAGCAUCUCAUGCGGGCAGCACUGCAGCUGGCCUCUGGGUCGGGCGUCGAUAACGCGGCGAUCAUUGUGGACCCAGCGGUUCAGGUGCCGGUGGCCGAGGCGGCGGACAACAGUGCAGUCCAUCCGUUGCAGCACGCGGUCAUGGCGGCCGUGCAGGCAGCUUCGGAGCGAGACCUCGCGCAAUGGCCGGCCGAGCGGGCCAGUGUGGACCCAUACGACAGAAACGGUGGUGGCGACGGUGGGGACUUAAGCGACGUCAUGGCUGGCCGCAGCGUGGCAGGUGUUGAGGGUGGUACAGAUUUACAGUCCGCGAGCAGUCCGGGGCAGGGUGUGCUGCCGCAUGGGCGGGACCGCGUCAUCUAUUGCCAGCCGGACGCGGUCUUUGGGGCGCUGGGGGGCUGCAGGCGGCUGCACGCAUGUUGUUCGGAAAUCGUCAACCUGGGACAGGGAAGCGGGAAGGCAAGUGCCAGCCUUCUGACAUUUAGGCGGAGCCAGUCCCUGGACUGA